GAAUGUUGCCGGCCAAAGGUCAAUCCUAGCAAUAUCUGUGGUUUAUUGGACCUGAGCUGCAAGGCCAGUGAUACGCAUCCGCUACAGAUACUGUACAUGAACAACAUUCAACAAACGUUCAAUGCUGCAAAUGAGUUCUCAAACAACGUCUCUCAAGAAAUCAAGACUCUAAAUAGUACGUCAAGCUUAAAGUUUAUGUACAAGUUGAUUCAACAUUCCUUCUGUAUUCUGAAGACUGCAUUGAAUUACCAGGGGAAAAAGUUAGCCAGAAUUCGAUUGAAAGAAGGAAUGUCGUGGCUCGGUAUCUCUUGGCUGGUGUGGGUGGUAGCCAUGAUUCCUUUUACCAUUUGCCUCAAUUUGCCUUCUGUUCCUUAGGAGGCAAGCCAAUUUCGUGAUUACGUAAUUACGGUGAUCCCAGCGCCUUGGGCCGUAACUGACCAAGUUAUACCAACUUAAUCGUCCCGGGAAACACGUUACACGAUCAGAAAGCACCAACACACAGAAUCAGAGAUCAGAGAAUCGCAAGUGUAAGAUCGAAACAGGAGGAUCUCGAUAAUGAGAAGAAUUGAGAAAAAUUGUUCUUCUUUUUCUCUCUCUCUUUCUUAGUUGAAUAAUCGGAUUCUCUUCUCGUCACGAUUGUAGAGAUUGUAUCUUCGUCGAAAGACGAAGAUGCCCCCCGGGCGGAUUCACAACUUGGGGAAACAUGUAACCAGCCAUUUUUAUGCUGAAUAAUUCGAUGCCUUGAUUGCUCGCAUCUCUUAAUUGCGCAUAGUCGUCGAUACCACCGCAUGCAUUCUGACAUUUUCUUAGGUAUCUUCACGCAUUUUCCUUCAACAGAAGAGAAACUCUCCUCUUUCGUUUUUUGCCCGACAAGAUUUUAAACUUAACUCGCGAAAGAUUUUCCAUGAAAUUUCUGUAAGUGAAUAGAUUACGGUUAUUUUUACAAUUUCAUGUUUUUAUGAAUGCUAUCUACAUAUGGAAUGUUGGAGUUUCAAUAGAGAUUUAUUUCUAUCCACUGAAUGUUAUGGUGAGCAUUUUACUUUGAAUAUUUUAUAUACUUUUCUAUCCUAUUUGUACCCUGUUUUUAUAUUCUCAAAUUUUCCAUAAAUGCUUAAGCACUGAGAAAUGCUUUUAAAAUAAGUUCCUUCUAUUUCAAAGCGUAUAGAUAUAGAGAAACAAUGACAGAUUAACUUAAAUCAAAAUUGACUUAAGAAUAGAUAAACUAUAUUUCAGCCUCACCAACCUGA